GGCAGGGGCGGGAUCAUGAGCGCGGCAGCGGCGGCCGGGGCCGGGGCCGGGAAGGCGGCGAAGCCGGCGGGGGCGGCGGAGCCCGGGAAGGCGGCCGGGGCCGGGGCCGGGGCCGGGGCGGCGGCCGCCAAGGAGAUCCCCAAGGUGCUGGUGGACCCGCGCACCCGCCGCAGCUACAUGCGCGGGCGCUUCCUGGGCAAGGGCGGCUUCGCCAAGUGCUACGAGAUCACGGAGCUGGAGGCGCAGGAGGUGUUCGCGGGCAAGAUCGUGCCCAAGUCGCUGCUGGUGAAGCCGCACCAGAAGGAGAAGAUGUCCAUGGAGAUCUCCAUCCACCGCAGCCUGGCGCACCGCCACGUGGUCGGCUUCCAGGGCUUCUUCGAGGACAGCGACUUCGUCUUCGUGGUGCUGGAGCUCUGCCGCCGCAGGUCCCUGUUGGAGCUGCAUAAGCGGAGGAAAGCGUUGACGGAGCCCGAAGCGCGGUACUACCUGCGGCAAACAAUCCUGGGCUGCCAGUAUCUGCACGGCAACCGGGUCAUUCACAGGGACCUCAAGCUGGGCAACCUCUUCCUCAACGAUGACAUGGAGGUGAAAAUAGGUGACUUUGGCUUGGCAACCAAAGUAGAAUAUGAUGGUGAGCGUAAGAAGACCCUGUGUGGGACACCAAACUAUAUCGCUCCUGAAGUGCUGGGCAAGAAGGGACACAGCUUUGAAGUGGACAUUUGGUCCAUCGGCUGCAUUAUGUACACUCUCCUGGUAGGGAAGCCACCUUUUGAAACCUCUUGUCUAAAAGAAACAUACAUCCGAAUUAAGAAGAACGAGUAUAACAUCCCCAAGCACAUCAACCCCGUAGCUGCUAAUCUCAUCCAGAAGAUGCUGAGAUCUGACCCUGCCACCCGCCCUACUAUUGACGAACUGUUGAAUGAUGAGUUCUUCACAUCAGGUUACAUCCCCAGCCGGUUGCCCACCACCUGUCUAACCAUCCCGCCUAGGUUUUCAAUUGCCCCCAGUGGAUUUGACCCAAGUGGACGGAAACCUCUUACCGCUCUCAACAAAGGCCUGGACAGCCCUGCCUUAGAUAAAGCCCAUGAAAAGGAAGACGAAGCAGCACUGCAGGAGCUGGGAGAGCCUGUCGACUGCCACCUAGCUGACAUGUUACAGCAGCUGAGCGUGGCCAAUGCAGCGAAACCCUCGGAGAGGGCAGUAGUGAGACAAGAGGAGGCUGAGGAUCCUGCUUGCAUACCCAUCUUCUGGGUUAGUAAAUGGGUGGACUACUCGGACAAGUACGGAUUAGGCUACCAACUGUGUGAUAACAGCGUUGGGGUUCUCUUCAAUGACUCCACCCGUCUCAUUAUGUACAACGAUGGGGACAGCCUACAGUACAUUGAGCAAAACAACACCGAGUCCUACUUCACUGUGAGAUCCUACCCCUCGACGUUGACUAAGAAGAUAACACUAUUGAAAUACUUCCGGAACUACAUGAGUGAGCACCUGCUAAAGGCUGGAGCCAACAUCACGCCCCGGGAGGGGGAUGAGCUGGCACGCCUCCCCUACCUCCGCACCUGGUUCCGGACUCGCAGUGCCAUCAUCCUGCACCUGAGCAACGGCACCGUGCAGAUCAACUUCUUCCAGGACCACACUAAAAUCAUCCUGUGCCCCUUGAUGGCGGCGGUCACCUACAUCGAUGAGAAACGGGACUUCCGCACGUACAAGCUGAGCCUGAUCGAGGAGCAUGGCUGUUGCAAGGAGCUGGCCAGCCGGCUACGCUACGCCCGCACCAUGGUGGAGAAGCUGCUCAGCUCCAAGUCUGGCUCGGCCCGUAUGAAACCCUCUGCUUAGAACCCAGCUGUAAUGGACUCAGUGUCUGUGCCAAACUGUUACGUCCUCGGACGGAGCGGCCUCUGCAAUGCUCUCCAGUCAAACUGUGACCUCCCAGCAGCUGGGCCACCUCUCUGCUGCCAGCUGCAUUAGAGCCACAGGAGGGGCUGCUGCUGAGGAAACGUGUCUUUAUGCCAUGGCCAGACUGGCCCCUCAGCACCCAUUAGAAAGUUGAUUUUAGAAAAACUAGAUGUUCAAUAACUGUCAAAUCCCCCCAGCCCUUGUUCCACGGCCUUGACACAGCCUCCUCUGGAGAACAGAGCAUGGGUGGGGCAGAGUUCUGUAAGUUAUUUGUGUUUGUGAUGCUCUGGGGCUCCCUCCCCCCCCCCCCCCCCCCGUAAUGACUAAGAUAUUUAAUGUGCUCACAUGCUGACUCUGAGCAAUCAGCCUUUUUAAUAUUGAAACUAAUCUGCACCAAAUUAAACUCUUGUAUAUUAUGUAACUUGAUUAAAGCUUGGUCUCUGCAGCCCCCUCCCUCCCACAUCACAUGCAAUGCCCCCUCUGGAUGAAGGGCUUUGCCUGGCCCAGGGGCGACCCUAUGAAGUAGGGAGUAGAAGGAAGUCUUCCCACUCUGCUGUUCCAUCUCUAACCUGGGAGGUACGGUGGACUCACCUCCACAUGGUCUGUUAAUGCAGCCUGUAAAGAAUCCUGUUUUUCCAGGCAGCUGCUGUGUAAUUCUGUGAUGUGCUCUCCCCACAGCGGUGGGAGCUUUCUAGCCUGCAGUGCCCAUCCAGUCUGCGCACACACCUGCCUGCUCCGAUCAAAGCUAGUGAAGGGCCAUCUGCCUUCCUUCCCCCUGUGGGGGCUCCCCCUGCCUGCUGCAGCAGUCCUGGGGGGUCAAGACAAGCACCCUGCAGCAUAUGAAAGAAAGGCCAGGACUGCAGUUAGUUCUCAGGCAGGCAUGUAAGUGAGGUAGAUCUCGCCCUCGAGCUAGGCAGUGUGGUGGCCGUUGUAUUGCUGGUGUCUGUCCCCAUAAGAACAGGAAGAGGCCCUGCCUCACCGCUUGUGGCUGUGUUGCAGGAGUAACAAAUGAUCUGUCCCCUCCUCCCACAGUGGGUUUUAGAAGGGACAAGGGCCCUCCUAGUCUUGGCUUUGGCUCUUGCUGUGCCUGUAGCCUAAAGCAUGGCUUCCGGGAGCUCCCCUGUUCAGCUGUAGGACAAGGCCCUG